CUAAAGACAACCUCUGCACGCCUCUAAUAGAGCUUGUAGCGCGCUUACCUAGCUCUGAGAGGGACUUUCAGUAUAAAACAUGAUCCCAUGUGGACGACUCUUAAGCAAAAUUGAUAAACAGGAAGAGAAACUGGUAAUGUUCACCGAUCAGCCAGAAGAUUCUGAAAGAUGUGAAAGCAUGGAGCUGGACAAUAAAAUUCGUGAUCUGAUUGAGAGGAAUAUGUCUCCUGAUCUAAAAAGCGCCAUGCCAAGUCACAGAAAUCCAUGUUCUCUGAAGUCUCCAGGAAAACCAGAUCCCAUGGCACAUUGCAUACAGGGCACAAUCACGAGCGCUGCGGAACGUUCCACGGAGCAGGCAGAGGGUGCUCAAUCAUCAAGCAGAAAGAACUUGACAGAUUCUCUAGAACAAAAGAUAAAGUGCUUGGAAAAACAGAGAAAAGAGCUCCUGGAAGUUAAUCAGCAAUGGGAUCAGCACUUUAGAAGUAUGAAAGAGUCAUAUGAAAGAAAGGUCGCAGAGCUGAAAACGAAACUGGGCGCGGCAGGAAGACUCCUGGGCACGCUGGAGACGGAGCGGCAGCAGAGGCGGGGCGAGAGCGAGCGGCAGCGCGACCUGACCCGCGAGCGGCUGCGGCGCGAGGAGAAGGAAAAGGAGAACCUAAAUAAAGAACUACAUGAAUUGAAGAAGGAAAACAAGCUUUUGAAGGAAAAAAAUGCUCUCUCAAACAGGAAGAAGGAACAUUAUGAAUGUGAGAUAAAACGCCUCAACAAGGCUCUCCAGGAUGCCUUAAAAAUCGAGUGUUCUUCAUUUCCUGAGAACUGUUCGGGCAAGUUUGAAAUGGAGUGCAGCCAUGAGCAGAUGAGAACAGAAAUGGAAGUCCUCAAACAACAGGUACAAAUAUAUGAAGAAGACUUCCAAAAGGAACGAUCAGACCGAGAAAGACUUAAUCAAGAGAAAGAAGAGCUACAGCAAAUUAAUCAAAUGUCGCAAUCCCAGUUGAACAAGCUGAAUUCCCAGAUAAAAACCUGUCAGAUGGAGAAAGAAAAACUAGAAAAGCAAUUAAAACAGAUGUAUUUCCCAACCUGUAACUGUGACCUGGGAUUCCUGCAGGAUCCACAUGUACCAGCAGGCCCUGGGACUGUGCAGGAUCUCCAGAAGCACCCUCCUGAUUGUCAAUGGUACGCUCCUGACCAGUUUCCGCCAGAUGUGCAGCACAAGGCGAAUGGUUUCUCCUCAGAAAAGAAAAUCAAUCAAUAGUAAGAUACACAAGCAGAGGACCGCACAGAGGGAGAGCUUGGCUGGCAGCCCUCAUUUUUCUUUUUACGGUGUCUUGUGUCUGCCACAACUGCACAUCAUCUACUCCAUUACUUGUGCCUCAUAAUAUUUCCUUCUGGCGUGGAUAGAGGAAAAGACUGUGACAGCUGAGAUCCUGAUCAGGUCUGAGGAGCCAGUAUAACACAACUAAACACAACUUCCAGUUUCCUCAAAAGGAGAUUUGGCAGAUGGACUCUGCGGCCCUCCUUGAAGCUCUCUUCAGCAUGUCACUGUUGAACUUACAGAGAUGCAUUCAUGAUUCCAGGGACUCCGCUUUGGGUGCAGUGAUGUUGUAUGUUGAUUUAAAUAUGUAUUCCCUGGGGGAAAUUUUCUGCAGUUGCAAAUUUUUAACAUUGCUCCAAUUAUUUUUAUAGGGGCUUCAUUCUUUAGCCAGUUUUGUUAGCUACCACGUUCAGCAUUGUUGGUCCCUGUGCACCUAUAAAUAGGACAGAAGAGGUGUAUAUACUUCCUUAAACUAAAUGAAUGGCUCCAUCAGAAUAAAAUGGUAGACUUGAAACUGUUCUUUAAACUGAUCAUUUCUUUAAGAUGAUGAGAAAUUGUUAGCCUACUUCAUUUUUAGGUGGAACAGAUUAUGAAAGAUAAAAUCCUAACAUGCUGAUGAUGGCUUUGCAGGUCAUGUAUACUUACAAAAGUAGUUCCAAGAUACAUGAAUUUGCAGUUAAACCUCUUUCCUUCUCAUGGACUUGACUAAUUAUUAGUGAAAAACGUAACUCUGACUUCUCAAAUCAAUUGAAGUGGAGAACAAAUGUAUCCAAAUUUUAUUGCAAUUAAAUUAUACAGUGAUAUGACAGAUGUCUAAAGACUAAGCAAAUUUAAAAGUAUUAAUUUCUUCCAUUUAAUAAGGAUUCUGUUAGGACCAACUGGAGAUCCUCUUUAUGAGGAGAUACACAAAAAAGUGUGAGAUCCACAGGUAUCUGUGCUAAAGUACAUAAAGAAAACCAGGGGCGUUGGUUGGAGCUGCAGUUACAUAACAUAAUCCAGGCAUACUGCUCGGACUACUCUAGCUCCAACUUCCAGAAGUUAUGCUGCUUAAUUCCAGCUCAAACUUUUUUUUUUCACUUUCUGCAAAUACUUGAAGCUCUACGUAAUGGGGAAGGUGAAAGAGUCUUAGAAAGUUAAAUACUUUUAGCCUCAACUUUGUGUACUUGAACAUAAUUCUUGAGAAAGAAUUGUCUUUCUCUUACAUUAAUUUUCAAAAGCUUUUAUUUUGCUAAUACUUAUUAAAGAAACAAAUCACUCUCGAGCAAUACUUCAGCAUAAGCAAAUCAGUAAAACAACAGAAUUAACACAUUAGUUGCACUGAAACAUGUUGGCAUAUAUUUUUUAAUUUCCAGCUCCUCAGAUCAGUGAAAAAGUCACCAUAAUAUCAACUUCGAGUGGUGGAUUAAGUUUGCCAAGUGAGGUGUACCCACCUCAGAACAAAAACUGAACAUGUAUAUAAAAAAUAUCCUUAAUGGGCUUACUCUAGGUCAAUUCAACAGCAGUAAAACAUGACUUAACUAUCCUAUUACUAUUACUGAAGUCAUCCUGUCAGAAAUCAGCAAGUUGCCAAACUUUGGCAAGAUUGUGCAAAUGCUAACUUAAUGGAAGAAAAUCCAAUUUAAGUGAGACCUUCUUUAAUAUGAACUCCCAGUGGGUGACUGCAAAUGGGGGAAGAGGACCCCUUGCUCAGAGUGCAACUGCCAUUCCAAGAUCACAGAUUUCCAUGGCCCCGGUCUGAGAGUCAGCCAGUCUCCAUGGUGUCCCUCUCCCUGAAUCAUUUGUGUGGGGACUUUUCUGUCUCAGCUCAUUAUAAGAGUCACAUCCCUCAGUGGUGGCACCUGCUUCAUUAUCAAACACUGUCUUACGGAAAUUGUGUGAGGAAUAGUUGUGUCUCUUUGAAAAGAGAGGAAGCCAUACCACCAAUCUCUUUUACUUAGGUAAUGUCAGAAUAGGCAUAUUUUAAGUUUUUCAUGGUUAUGGAGAAUAUGGUCUUUGGCUUGAAGGUAUCUUUUGAAGAGAAAAGUAUAUUCACUUUGUCCUGGUUGUGAUGUGAGGUCAGAAGAAACCCUUGCUCAGAGCCCAGUUAGGUCUGCGGGUUAGGCCAGCCUCUAAUGCUCACUAGCACUGAUUUUUUUUUUGGACCCCAUUUUCUCUAUCAACAAAAAGGAUGUUUUGGACUAAACUGCUAACAUUAUUAAGCAUGGACUGACUGACUGACUUUCAGAUUAUUUUCCUCAGUUAUUUACUGAGCUCCAUCACCUAGUAAGAGAGCUUCUAUUAUGCCCUUGUUAUAAAUUAUUAAUCUAGGGCAAAGAGAGUUUCAGUCAUUUCCCCAAGGUCUUGUGGCAGAAAAACGGCAGAACCAGGAUUCAAAAUUGUUGGAGCCAGGGCCAUUCCAUUCCAUGCAGGCUCUAAUUCUUUCUAGAUCACCCCAGCAAGUUCAAAUGGCUUUUAGGGUCCCUUUGGGUUUUCAUCACAUCACAUUACAAGAACAUACUUCUUAGGAGAAAGUGUUUUGAUAAGAGAAAAAUACUGUAUAUGGUGUAGAAGUUUAAGUCACCCCUUAAGGGAAGUAUUUCAUUUUGACUAUUACCUGAGAGAAGAAAAAUAGACAUUAAAUGUUUAAGUGCAUUAAGGGUACAAGUAUGCUUCUGAAUGGUUGCUUUUGUGCAACAAUACUUUUAUGUACCUCAGUCACUAGUGGAAUGGAAUCUAAGAGAAUAUGUCCCCCAAUUUAAUAACCCAUUUUAGCAAUUUAUUGAAAUACCCACUAAUUUUCUAAACUGUCUACAAAGCACAAAACAUCUCACACAUCCUCUCUGUGCACUAGCUUUGGUUGAAUAUGUAUUCAGAGGGGGGGACCAAGUCAUCUAGCAGCCUUUAUUCUCCCCAAUUUGAAGACCUUUUGUCCCUUUUUUCAUUUUUUCCAUUUUCCUUCUCAUCAUCCUGGGGACCCCUAUGAUAUUAAAUCCUAGGACAUUAUAAAACCAGUUACACUGCUCUUGCAGUCACACUGUGAUCCUUCUUUUCCUGGCUCAAAAUUGCUUAAGCUCCAAUUAUACAGCUCAAAAGAAAAGAAAAUAUUUGCUAUAAUCCCUACUUUUCAAUAAUUUUAGAAAUAAUUUCUUUUCCUAGUUUCCUUAUUACAUAUCUACCUCUUCACUCUCAUCUUUUACUCCAAAGAAGAAAGAUGUUAUAAGGGAGCAAUUAACACUCCCAGCCUUAGGGAUUCCAUAGAAAAGGAAACUUCCACACACACACUAUAUGCACACCCACAUACACCACACAUCACACACACAACUCUUCUGUCUCCCUGCUUCUGCCUCCCCAAUCUUUCAGACAGCAUUACAGUUCUCUACUUUCUCCAUUUGUGACUAAUAGAUUUAUUCAAUGGAAAAAAUUGCAUAAUUUUUUUUUCAUUUUGCUUAAAAUCCCCGUGUGUAUAAUAUGUUGCCAAGAAUACUGACAAACUAUCUUAGGCCUCCUACAGAAAGUGAUAACAUUGAGAUCUAGACCCAAUUAAUGUGCUGGUAAUCAUUGAGUAAUAUGAGGGAAUUUUUAAUGUUUGUGGGAGUGGGUGAAUUUCACUAGUUUGUGUACUACUGCAGUCAAAAGUUAAAAUAAUUUCUCUUGGCUCUUUUUGCACUUGAUUCCAUUCCAGUAUCAGAAGGAAGAGCACUGUAUAUGAGAUGCAUGGAAUACUGUUUUGGAAAAAACACCCGAACCCUUUCCCAAUAUGUUUACCUUAUUACUGAAAAUUAAUUUACUGGGAGAACCCAUUUUAUUUUUAAUUGAAGUAUAGUUGAUACAGAAUACUAUAUUGGUUUCAAGUUGACUGGCAGGAGUGUGCUUAGAUGGCCUGGUGAUUGCACUUGCACAUCUGUGGACGAACCUCAUGGCUUCCCUCCCCCUCAUCUGUAGCCACGGGAUGCUGACCCACAUUAGUCAACCCCAGACACACACACAGCUGGCAAGAACAACACCCCCCCACACACACACUCAGACACACCUCUGCAAGUGGGAGAGCUGCUGUGCUGAAGUAGACUAAAAAUGGGCUUGAGAGACUUGUUUCUUUCUUGGUUUCCAAAUGUCCAUUCCAUCUUCUUUUUGAAAUAGCAGUUUAUUUUUUUAUUUUUUAAGACCUUGGAUAGUGAAGAUUUCCUUUUUUAAAAAACUUUU